UACUCGCAAGGCCUGCCGGGUACUGUCAUGGUGGCUGGCGGUGGAUGUGAACACAAAACGUUUCACAAACUCUCUUUUUAGUUGUCGGAACAUUUUUUCAAAGUUAGCUCGGUAACUUUUGGACACAGCUGCCGGUGAAAUGGCUUCCACCGCGGCAGGGAAACAGCGGAUCCCGAAGGUGGCGAAGGUGAAGAAUAAAGCUCCUGCAGAGGUUCAGAUCACUGCUGAGCAGCUGCUGAGGGAGGCCAAAGAGAGGGAGCUUGAACUUCUGCCACCACCGCCGAAACAGAAGAUCACCGAUGAGGAGGAGCUGAAUGAUUAUAAACUCAAGAAGAGAAAGGGGUUUGAGGACAACAUCAGAAAGAAUCGCACGGUCAUCAGUAACUGGAUCAAAUACGCACAAUGGGAGGAAAGCCUGAAGGAGAUCCUGAGGGCUCGUUCCAUUUACGAGCGAGCGCUGGAUGUCGAUCACCGCAACAUCACUCUGUGGCUGAAGUAUGCCGAGAUGGAGAUGAAGAGCCGCCAGGUGAACCAUGCCCGCAACAUCUGGGACAGAGCCAUCACCAUCCUCCCACGAGUCAACCAGUUCUGGUACAAGUACACCUACAUGGAGGAGAUGCUGGGCAACGUGGCCGGCUGCAGGCAGGUGUUUGAGCGCUGGAUGGAAUGGGAGCCUGACGAGCAGGCCUGGCACUCCUACAUCAACUUUGAGCUCCGCUACAAGGAGGUGGACAAAGCUCGCACCAUUUAUGAGCGAUUCGUCAUGGUUCACCCCGAAGUGAAGAACUGGAUCAAGUAUGCUCGUUUUGAGGAGAAGCAUGGCUACAUUGCUCACAGCAGGAAGGUGUACGAGAGGGCGGUGGAGUUCUUCGGAGAGGAACAUGUGGAUGAAAACCUCUUUGUGGCCUUCGCCAAGUUUGAAGAGACGCAGAAAGAGUUUGAACGUGUUCGGGUGAUCUAUAAGUAUGCUUUGGACAGAAUCCCUAAACAUCAGGCACAAGAGCUCUUCAAGUACUACACGAUGUUCGAGAAGAAGUUCGGAGACCGGAGGGGAAUCGAGGACGUCAUCGUCAGCAAGCGAAGGUUCCAGUACGAGGAGGAAGUCAAGGCGAACCCACACAACUAUGACGCAUGGUUUGAUUACCUCCGCCUGGUGGAGAACGACGCUGACCCCGACACAGUGAGAGAGGUUUAUGAGAGAGCCAUCGCCAACAUCCCCCCCAUCCAGGAGAAGAGACACUGGAAACGAUACAUCUACCUGUGGAUCAACUACUCUCUGUACGAAGAGCUGGAGGUCAAGGAUCCUGAGAGAACACGACAGGUGUACCAGGCCUGUCUGGAUCUUAUCCCGCAUAAAAAGUUCACAUUUGCUAAGAUUUGGCUGCUAUACGCUCAGUUUGAGAUCCGACAGAAGAACCUGCAGGGAGCCAGAAAGGUCAUGGGUACAGCGAUCGGUAAAUGCCCGAAGAACAAGCUGCUGAAGGGCUACAUCGAGCUGGAGCUGCAGCUGCGUGAGUUUGACCGCUGCAGGAAGUUGUACGAGAAAUACCUGGAGUUCAGUCCGGAGAACUGCACCACCUGGAUCAAGUUCGCAGAGCUGGAGACAAUCCUGGGAGACAUGGAAAGAGCCCGAGGCAUCUUCGAACUCGCCAUCGGACAGCCACGACUGGACAUGCCAGAGGUGCUGUGGAAGUCCUACAUUGACUUUGAGAUUGAGCAGGAGGAGUUUGGAAACACCAGAAACCUUUACAAAAGGCUGCUGCAGCGCACCCAGCAUGUCAAGGUUUGGAUCAGCUACGCCAAGUUUGAGUUAUCCAUCGACAGCAGCGACAGGCUGCAGAGGUGCCGGCAGAUCUUUGAGGAGGCCAACAAGAGCAUGAGGAACUGCGAGGAGAAGGAGGAGCGGCUGAUGCUGCUCGAGUCCUGGAGCGACUUUGAGAAAGAGUUUGGCUCCGACACCACCAUGGAGAGGGUCAGGAAUCUGCUGCCGGAGAAGGUGAAGAAGAGGAGAAAGCUGACGGCCGAGGACGGGUCGGACGCAGGUUGGGAGGAGUACUACGACUACAUCUUCCCAGAGGACGCCGCCAACCAGCCCAACCUCAAACUGCUGGCCAUGGCGAAGAUGUGGAAGAGGCAGCAGAUAGUGGAAGAGGACAGGGAGGUUUCAGAAAAAUCUCCGGCGGCUGAAGAGAUGACAUCGCCGGCGUCCUCCGACGACCCUGCAGCUCCUUCUGAAAACAUGGCAGAGAAAAACGACUCCGACAGAAACACUGCGUCAGAAACAGAACAGGAGAAGACGUACGACGACCGAGAUGAUGAUGAUAGCAGCAGCAGUAGUGAGAGUGACAGUAAUGAUAAAGAUGAUGGAGGGAAGGAGGUGAAAGAGAAGAAAGAGAACAAGAGCGGAGAUGAAGAUAAAGAUAAAGAUUAGAUUUAUGUUUUUGUCCCCCGCUCUGCGACAAGAGUCCAUCCUGGAUUGAUUUUUCUACUGAUCUGUUUUUUUAACAAAAACAACAAACCCAGCUCACAGGCAGUCUUUAUUGUAUGACCAUGUUUUCUUUGCCACUGUGUCAUUAUACAUACAUCAAUUCAAA